AUGAAGUAUCUACUUGGUGCCACUUUGGCCACUUUGGCUACCGCGGCGUCUUCUUCUGCCCCUGCGUCUGCACCAACGGGCGCCACCUAUGCAUCCGGCUUUGACAUGAAAAGGCACUGGGCCAAUCUGAGUCCCUAUAAAGACGCUAAUAGCUUCGGUGUUCCCAAUGGCAUACCAGAAGGCUGUGAAUUGUCUCAGGUGCAUGUCCUUCAUCGUCAUGCGGAGCGUUUCCCCACCAACUAUCCUCUUGAUGGGGAAGGGAUGCAGGACUUUGCGGCCAAAUUGAGCAAUUAUUCCAAGAAGCACCCCGGGAAGGCCGUGGGCACCGGCCCGUUGAAGUUCCUCAACAACUGGAAGUAUAUUCUUGGCUCGGACAUUUUGAUGGAGACUGGUGCUGCCACUGAGGCUACUUCUGGUGCCCAUUUCUGGACUCAGUACGGUAGACUUUUGUAUCGCGCUGAUCGGGCCAAUGUGGCUGCAUGGAAUUCGUCUCUGAAUGUCUAUUCCAAUGGCACGUCUCGCCCGACGCCUGUCUUCCGUACCACUUCCCAACCUCGUAUCUUGGAAAGUGCUCGAUGGUGGCUUAGCGGUUUCUUUGGCAACAGUGGAGCCAACAGCUCUUACGACCAGUAUGAUCUUGUUAUCAUCCCCGAAGUGGACCCGUUCAACAAUACCCUGGCUUCUUACGAUUCUUGUCCUGGUGAUAUGACUGAAGGUGAUCACGCAGCUGAAACCUUCAUUGCCCGCUACACCCAGAAUGCUCGCUCCCGUCUCUCUGCAUACUUACCUCGCGACUUCAACCUUACCGCCUUCGAUGUGCUCGCCAUGCAGAACAUUUGUGUUUACGAGUACACCAGCCUUGCAGGCUCAUUCUUCUGCUCCCUCUUCACUGAGCAAGAAUGGAAGGACUUCGAGUACAACAUUGACGUUCAGUACUACGGAGACUAUGCCUACGGCUCUCCAACCGGCCGCGCACAGGGAAUCGGCUACGUCGUCGAACUCGCCGCUCGCCUCCAGCACAAGCUCCUCACAUCUAGCGAUACCAGCGUCAACUACACCUAUGACAACAAUAUCAAACAGUUCCCCUUUGGCCAGCCAUUUUACAUGGACAUGUCCCACGAUGACAUUAUUUUGUCCGUCAUCACGGCACUUGGCCUCAAAUACUUCAACUACGGACCUAAGGGUCUGCCCGUUAAGUUAGACCGUGCUCCCAAUCGCACUUUCCACCUCAGCGAGAUGACUCCCUUCGGUGCUCGCUUUAUGUCUGAGAUCUGGACUUGUCCUUCCAGUGUGUCUUUUGAUUCUUUAGACCCUGUCCUCUAUACGAACCCUGAACUGGGCUCAAAGGAUACCAGGAGCUAUAUUCGCUUCAUGCUGAAUAAUUCUCCUCUGCCCAUGCAGGGUCUGAUUGGUUGUGAGCGUGCUAAAAAUGGAUUCUGCCCGGUUGACACGUUCCUCAAGGGUGUGCCUACUCUGAAGGAGAAGGCCAAGUACCAGGAAGCCUGCUUCGGUAACUACACCACUGGAAGCCAGGUUGGCGAUGGUGCUCCUGGCUCUUAA